AUGGCAACGAAAAUGGAAUUCACUGGUGACAAUAGUACACCGCAUAGUUCAUCUCCACUAAAGAUUCGUGCUAGAGGAAAAACAGAUAUUGCAUGGGGUCAUUGUAAAGAGAUAUUAGAAGCUAGUAAUAAUGGAAAUAAAAACAAAAAAAAACUCGUUUGCUUGUAUUGUGGAAAGACUUUCGCUGGAGGUGGUAUUAAUCGAGUCAAACAACACUUAGCGGGAAUGAAAGGUGAUGUUGAUUCAUGUCGUAAAGUACCUCCGGAUGUUAGAUUCAAAAUGAAAGAAAACUUGGACGUCUUUGCUGCAAAGAAGUGUAAAACUCAAGAAAUUCUUGAUGAGUAUUUGGGUGAUGAUGAUGAUGUUCAAGAAAUCUUCCCUCCUAAUUCUAAAGGAAAGGGUACAGUUGUUGGGAAAAAUGAAAGAAAGGAAAGGGGAAUAAAACACUUAAAGCAACAAAAUGGAAUUGGUUCUUACUUCAUGCCAAGAACAGGUCCUGGUAACCAACCUACUAUCAAAAGCGUUCUUCAGAGCAAAGAAGCCAUAGAAAAGUGUGAUCUUACUCUAUCGAAGUGGAUGAUUGAUUCAUGUAUUCCUUUCAAUGCUGUAAAUUAUGUGUAUUAUCAACAAAGUAUAGAUGCCAUAGCUAGCAUGGGCCCUAGCUAUAAAGGUCCAAACUUUCAUAGUCUUCGAGGUUAUUUGUUGGCUAAAAAUGUCAAGGAGGUACAGAAUUACGUUGAAAGCUAUCGUUCAACAUGGAAGACUACAGGUUGUACAAUUAUGGCAGACGGUUGGACAGAUCAAUGUAGAAGAACUCUCAUCAAUUUUUUAGUUUAUUGUCCAAAAGGAACAAUAUUCUUAAAAUCCGUAGAUGCUUCAAAUGAAUCAAAAUCUGCUAACAUGUUGUACAAAUUAUUUCGAGAUGUUGUGUUAUUUGUAGGUUCGGAAUAUGUGGUCCAUAUGGUGACAGACAACGCUGCAAAUUAUGUUGCCGCUAGUAGGUUAUUGGAACAAGAGUUUCAAACAUUAUUUUGGUCUCCAUGUGUAGCUCAUUGCAUUAAUCUAAUGUUUCAUGAUAUUGGUAAGCUUGAUGAAGUUAGUAAUAUCGUAUCUCAGGCAUCAAAAAUCACAACAUACAUAUACAAUCAUUGCUACCCAUUGCAUUUGAUGAGAAAGUUUACUGGAGGAAAAGAAAUACUUCGACCUGCUCCUACUUGUUUUACCACCAAUUUUAUUGCUUUACAAAGCAUUUUGAUCCAAAAGGAUCCAUUAAGAGCAAUGGUAACAUCUAGAGAGUGGACAUUAUCAGCAUAUGCAAAAGAAAGUAAAGGAAAAAGAUUCGUUGAUGAUGUACUUGAUCCAGUAUUUUGGAAAGAGUGUGCUACUAUUGUGCAACUUACUGAGCCCCUUGUCCGUGUUCUACGCAUUGUUGAUAGUGAUGAAAAGCCUUCAAUGGGCUACUUGUAUGAAGCUAUUCAUGUGGCAAAAAGUGAGAUGGAACACAGAUUUCAAAGAAGGAAAAAUAGAAUUGCUCCUUAUUUACAAAUUAUUCAGAACCGAUGGGAUAGUCAAUUGCGUAAGAAUCUUCAUGCUGCUGGAUAUUGGUUAAAUCCUUCUUUUCAAUAUGAUAAUCUUGAUAUGGAAAAUCAUAAACAAACUAUUUUGGGACUUUUAGAUGUAAUUGAGAGAUACGCUUACGAUCAACCAGAUUUAAGAAGUAAAUUGACGGGUGAAAUGAGACUAUUUAGGCAAGCACAAGGUGAUUUUGGACGUUUAUCUGCUGUAGCUGAUCGUCAUAAAAUGGCUCCUGAUGAAUGGUGGAUGUGUUAUGGUAGUAGUACACCAAACCUGCAAACGCUUGCAAUUCGAGUAUUAAGUCAAACAUGUAGUUCUUCAGGAUGCGAGAGAAAUUGGAGAAUUAUUUCAAGAGUCGAAAUUAUGAUCCUAUCGACUUUGGUAAUUGGCAUCUAUGGUAAUUGGGUGUUAGAGGAAGAGCCACCAACUUUGGUAGAAGAUGAGUUGGAGGUAUUUCGUCGUGAAUUGGGUGAAUAUGAAUUACAUUUUGAUGAUCUUGAUCUUGAUGAUUGUGAAAAUUUUGGCAACGGCAAUGAAAAUACAAGUGAUACAAACAAUGGAAACGAGGAUUUUAGCAUGACCGAGACUCCGUCAUUUAUACAAGGCGAAGGAAUUGAAGAAUUUAUGUCCGAGACCCCAGCAUGGAUGCGCUCCAACUCUUCUUAA